UGUAUAUUGCUAUAUUCAUGUUCGCGAUUUUUGUUCUUCCUUAUUCUCAAUCUUCAUAAUCGGAUGAAAUCGAGGACUCAAUUCUGUUUUGUCAGGCUGAUUUUUUACGUUGGCUUUUGAGCUUUUUGCAGCUCUUUUCAUCAAUGUAAGAUGGAUUUGGUCAAAGAAAAUUAUGGUGACGCCGAUGACAACGAGGAUGGAUCUCCCGAACAGUCGGUUUCUCAGGAAAAUUCUGAAAUAUGCGAUGAGUUUUCAGAACCAGAGGUUUCUCCUCGAGUUGGUGACAAAUAUCAAGUUGAAGUUCCUCCUCUGUUGUUGAAAUCAGAUAUGAACUUGUUUCAGUGUUGCAAGGAGGCAGAAAUUCAGGAUAGUAGGCUCCAUGAAGUCUUUGUUGGAUUGCCCGUUCGGGUAAUGUGGAUUUCCGAGCAAGCUCGUUGGAUGGAACGUAAGCUAUGUGAAGAUACAGUUGAGAAAUGCAACAGAAAUGAGGUCUUGAAAGUUGAAUCAUUUGAAGAUGAACAGGUAGGCAAUGGUGCAAAGUCGAACAUUGAGGCAACGGAAGUAAUAACAGGCAGUACAAUAGAUGUCGCCUUGCCGAAAGAAACCGUUCUUGUGACAGAUACAGAUCAGAAGGAUAAUACCGAUGGCGGCUGUCUGGUUCCCGGUGUCUCGGGUGAGCCUUGGAGUGAUGGAGAAGAGGCGAGUUUCCUUCUUGGUUUAUACAUAUUUGGUAAAAACCUUGUUUUGGUGAAGAAGUUUGUUGGAAGCAAACAGAUGGGGGAUGUUCUGUCGUUCUACUAUGGAAGGUUUUAUCGGUCGGAAAAAUACCGCCGAUGGUCUGAAUGUCGGAAAGCUCGAGGCAGAAAGUGUAUCUUCGGACCGAGAUUGUUUAAAGGUUGGAGACUACAGGAAUUGGUAUCGCGGUUGCUACCUCGUCUAGCAGAGGGUAACAAGAAUGCAUUAAUGGAGGUAUUGACUAUGUUUCUUUUUCUUCAAUCAAGACUGUUUACUGCAUUUGAUUAUUCUUUCGUUUUUCUCAAUGAAAGUACGGUUUCUGUUGCACGGUUUCUGUUGCACGGUCAGGUCACGAAAGCGUUCAGCGAUGGCAAAAGUUCUUUUGAAGAGUAUGUGUUUGCUUUGAAGGCUACGGUUGGAACGGAAGCUUUUGUCGAGGCAGUGGGGAUCGGUAACGGGAAGCAAGAUCUUACAGUAGUUUCGAUGGAUCCAUUAAAAUCGAAUCACGUUUCGUCUCUCCGCCCCGAGAUACCAAUUGGGAAAGCAUGUUCUGCCCUUACUCCCUUGGAAAUUGUCAACUAUCUAACAGGUGAUUUCAGGUUGAGCAAAGCCCGGUCGAAUGAUCUCUUUUGGGAAGCUGUUUGGCCCCGUUUGCUUGCUCGGGGAUGGCACUCCGAGCAGCCGAGGAAUGUUUUUACUGCUGGUGCAAAGCAUUCAUUGGUCUUUCUCGUCCCGGGUAUCAAAAAGUUUUCGAGGAGAAAGCUCGUAAGGGGAAAUCACUAUUUCGAUUCAGUCAGCGACGUCCUUGGUAAAGUCGCUUUGGAUCCUGGACUACUUGAGCUUGACAACAAUGCCGAUAACGGUAGUAAGAGCAAGGAAGAAAAUGGGUGGACCGACGACUCGAAAAUUGACCAAGACGAUUUUCCUUCUCAACAACGCCAUUGUUAUCUCAAACCGAGAACUCCAGCCAACACCGAUUUUGUGAAGUUUACCGUGGUCGACACCAGUCUGGCUAAUGGAAAUGCCUCAAAAGUCCGAGAACUUAGAAGCUUACCACUUGACUUACUGAAUGUUUCUACGUCGAGAUCUCAUUUCGAAAAUAACGACCUAUAUUCUUCCAGUGAGUCAAUGGAGGAGUCUGAUUCCGAAGAGGACCGACGUUCUAGCAAGGCCGAAACUGCUGGUACCUCUCGAGCCUGGGGAAGAAACAAGAAACAAAAGGUCUGCUCGAAUGGACAUUAUUCUCCAUCUGAUUCUACUGAUUCACCUGCAGAAGUUUUGAAGGAACACAGCUGCAUACCAUCCGAUAGCACGCGAUCUCAGAACGGUAUUGUGCACGAGUUUGGCCAAAAAUCGAGAUCGAUCAGUAAAGGAAAGCCUUCUAAUGUCACCAAAAAACGCAGGAGACUAAACACUUUUGGUUCGAAGUGUACAAGUAAUAUUUCAGUACCUACCAAACCGAAAAACGAUGCCUGCUGCUCUAAAGACGGUCCCGGUACUAGUAAGAACGUCCUGCCUGGAUGCAGUCCCAUAUCUAGCCAUGAUGGAAACCCAAAUGAUAUCGCUCUCAAUCAUUCUCGUGCCUUAAUAGACAUAAACUUGUCUGUUCCUCUCGACGUGAAAACCGACAAACCUAUUAUAACGCAAACGAGAGAAGAACAACCUGACCAAACAAGCAAGGAACCAGACCAUCCCAGUGUAGCUAGAACUUCUGAAGUCCCAAGCAUUUCUGAUCAGCAACAUUGUCUGAAUUCAAGGAGAGUCGGUAGUCGAAACCGACCCCCGACAGCUCGAGCACUGGAAGCACGAGCUCUAGGAUUGUUGGAUGUCAAGCAAAAGCGAAAGCAUAAAGAUCCAUUUCUGGAAGGGAACUCGAUGAUGAGGCCGCCACGACGUGCUCGUCCAAAGGUAAGACCUGAGAACUUGGGAAUUAGCAUUGAAAAAUUAGAGAUUGAAGAUAGAGCAGUAGUUGUUAGUUCAUGCAACAGUAAUAGCAAUAGUAUUAGUGAGGUGUUAUCUAAGCUUGAAACUUAAUCCCUCAAAAAGAAUUUACUUCUUGAUUUGUCUUAUUUAUUGUGGCAUAUAUAUUGGUAUCACUCUUGAAGUCUUCUCU